AUGGUUCCUAUCCAGAUGAUCCACGUCCAUUACCAGGAGAAGUACCUCAACCUCCUGGAUUCCGACGACCGUACCCCUUUAUACCGCGUGCGGGUGUCUCGCGAGGUCCCCCAGAUGCAGAUGGUCCAUCUACAACCCAACUCCGGUGAAAUGGCGCGGCGAAGUAGCGCAUCCUUCAAGUUGACCAGCGUCGAGGUGACCCUAGUCAUCGAUGGCACCAAGGUCCGCCUGGAGCGUCACAGCCUCUGGUCGCGAACUUACCGGUUCCAGAGUCCAGAGACCCAGUCAAUGCUCAGGUGGGAAUCGGAUGGAGCUGUCACGGGCGAUUUCCAGCUGGUGGAUCCGGGGAGCCAGGUCCUCUGUCGCUUUCGAAAUAAACUCUUUUCAACAUCCGAGGUUGGGUCGUUCGAGGUCGUCGGGGAGAUGUCGGACGCGCUGAAGGAAGAGAUACUCAUCAGUGGACUGGCCGUGCUCGCCAUGGUGCAGAGUCUGAACCUAGCGACGAUGGUCACCGUCGGAUGA